GAGCAUGAACGGGGGAGGGGCAGAGAGAGAGGGAGACACAGAAUCGGAAACAGGCUCCAGGCUCCGAGCCAUCAGCCCAGAGCCUGACGCGGGGCUCGAACUCACGGACCGCAAGAUCGUGACCUGGCUGAAGUCGGACGCUUAACCGACUGCGCCACCCAGGCGCCCCUACGUAUCUCAUUUGUAACACAAGGCCUGUACGGGUAACUUUACAAGCUCCUCUAGUUAAGACUUUCUGGGAUAAUGGUGCUAAUUCACUAUGUGGCCCAUAACUGCUCAACCCCAUCUUAUCACCACCCAGGGUACUAGGUGGACCCUGCCUAGUCCUGACAUACCAGUUUCUCUCCCUUCCAGCUUUUCUUUCCCUGUUCUGCCAUGCUUUCUAUUGAGUGGAACGGCAAACAUCCUUUACAAUAAACUAUAUUAGGUGUGUGUGUGUGUGUGUGUGUGUGUGUGUGUGUGUGUGUUGUUUGUGUUUUUGUUUUUAACCAUCCGUCUAUCUUCAUACCUUUUUUGAUCUUGUAAAACUAAAACUCUUUAGCCAUUAAGAAAAAAUUUCCCAUCUUCCUGCCCCCUAACCUCCAACCUUGGGAAGUAUUCUACUCUCUGUCUUUAUGAUUUGAUUAGGGACCUCACAGAAAUGGAAUCAUACAGUAUUUGUCCUUUUGUGAUGGGCUUAUUUCACUUAGUAUAAUGUCCUGUAGGUUUAUUCAUGUUGUAUCAUGUGCCAGAAUUUCCUUCUUUUUAAGGCCGAAAAAUAUUCCAUUGUAUGUAUAUACCACAUUUUGCUUAUCCAUUCAUCUGUUGAUAGACACUUUGGUUGCUUCCAUAUUUCAGCUAUUAUGAAUAACACUGCCUCUAUGAAUACAUGUGUACAAAUCUAUCUUUGAGACCCUGCUUUUGAUUCUUUGGGGUAUGUACCCAGAAGUGGAAUUACUGGAUCAUAUGGUAAUUUUGUGUAACUUUUUGAGGACCACAAAAAGUUUGGUCCUUUUUGAGACCAAAAAACUUUUUGAGAACCACCAUACUGUUUUCCACAGUGCUGUACCACAUUCUGUUUUCCACAGUGCACAGAGUUGCAAUUUCUCUACAUCCUCACUAAUAUUAAUUAUUUUCUUUCUUUUUUUAACAGUAGCCAUUCUAAUGGGUAUGUGGUGAUUUAAUACAAAAUGAUGACAGUUUUGAUUUGCAAUUUCCUAAUGAUUAGUGAUGUUGAGCAUCAUUUCACAAGCUUAUUGGUCAUUUGUAUAUCUUCUUUGAAGAAAUGUCAAGUCGUUUGCCCAGUUUUGAAUUGGUUACUUGGUUGUUGCGGAGUUGUAGGAAUACUCUAUUGGCAUAUCUCAUUUUAUUGAACUUCUCAGAUACUGUUUUUUACAAAUUGAAAGUUUGUGAUGGGGUGCCUGGCUGGCUCAGUUGGUGGAGUGUGUGCCUCUUGAUCUCAGGGUUGUGGGAUCAGGCCCUGUGUUGGGUGUAGAGUUUUUGUUUUUUAAUAAAAUCUUUAAAAAAAAAAUGUUUGUGACAACCCUGCACCAAGUAACUCUUUUGGCACAUUUUUCCAACAGCAUUUGCUCACUUCAUGUCUAUGUGUCAUAGUUUGGUAAUUCUCACAAUAUUUCAAGUUUUUCAUUGUUAUCAUGGUUGUUAUGGUGAUAUGUGAUCAAUGAUCUUUGAUGUUACUAUUGUAAUUUUGGGGGGCACCAGGAACUAUGCCCAUAUAAGACAGCAAACUUAAUACAUGUGUGUGUUCUGAUUGCACCACUGACUAUCCAUUCCCCCAUCUAUCUCCCUCUCCUCAGGCCUCCCCACUCCCUGAGAUACAGCAGUACUGAAAUUAGGCCAACUAACAACCAACCCUACAGUGGCCUCUGAGGGUUCAAGUGAAAGGAAAGGUCACGCAUCUCUCACUUGAAAUCAAAAGCUAGACAUGAUGAAGCUGAGUGAGGAAGGGAUGUCUAAAGCCAAGAUAGGCCGAAAGGUAGGCCUCUUGUUCCAAACAGCCAAGUUGCAAAUGCCAAGGAAAAGUUCCUAAAGGAAAUGAGUGCUAUUCCAGCGAGCACAUGAAUGAUAAGAAAGGGCCUAACUGCCGGUAGGGAGAAAAUUCCAGUGGUCUGGAAGGAAGAUCAAAACAGCUGCAAUACUCUCUUAAACCAAAGCCUCUUCCAGAGCAAGGCCCUGACUCUCUUCAAUUCCGUGAGGGCUGGGGGAGGAGAGGAAGCUGCAGAAGAAAAAUCUGAAGCUUGCAGAGGUUGGUUCGUGAGAUUUAAGAAAGACGCCGUCUCCAUAACACAAAAGUGCCAAGUGAGGCAGCAAGUGCUGAUGGAGAAGCUGCAGCAAGUUCUCCGGAAGGUCUAGCUAGGAUAAUUCAUGAAGGAGGCCACACUAAACAAUGGAUUCUCAGUGUAGACGAAAACAGCCUCAUUUGGGGAGAAGACUGGGACUGUCAUCGCUAGAGAGGAGAAGUCAGUGCCUGACUUCAAAGUUUCAAGGGACAAGCAGAUUCCCUUGUUAGGGGCUAAUGUAGCUGGUGACUUGAAGUUGGAGCCAGUGCUCAUUUACCGUUGGGAAAAUCCUAGGGCCCCGAAGAACUGUGCUGAAUCUACUCUGCCUGCGCUCUACAGAUGGAACAACAAAGCCUGGAUGACAGCAUAUCUGUUUACGACAUGGUUUACCAAAUAUCUUAAGCCGACUGUUCAGACCUACAGUUCAGAAAAAAAGAUUCCUCUCAAAGUAAUACUGCUCAUUGACAUUGUACCCAGUCACCCAGGAGCUCUGAUGAUGUAUAGCAAGAUUAAUGUUUUCAUGCCUGCUAACAGACCAUCCAUUCUGCAGCCCGUGGUGCAAGGAAUAAUCUUGACUUUGAAGUCUUAAUUUAAGAAAUAAAUUUCAUAAGGUUGUAGAUGUCAUAAAUAGUGAUUCCUCUGAUGGAUCUGGGCAAAUUGAAAACCUGGAAAUGACUCAUCAUUCUAGAUGCCAUUAAGAAUAUUCAUGGUUCAUGGAAGAGGUCAUGAUAUCAAUAUUAACAGGAGUUUUGAAAAAGUGGGUUCCAGCGCUCAUGGAAGACUUUGAGGGGUUCAAGACUCAAUGGACGAAGUCAUUGCAAAUGUGGUGGAAAUGGCAAGAGAACUAAAAUCAAGAGUGGAACCUCAAGAUGGGACUGAAUUGUUAAGAUCUCAUGAUAAAACUUGAAUAGAUGAGGAGGUGCUUCUUUGGGGCAGCACAGAAAGUGGUUUCUUGAGAUGGAAUCUACUGGUGAAGAUGCUAUGAAGAUUGUUGAAAUGACAACAAGGAUUUAGAAUGUUGCAUAAACUUAGUUGACAAAGAGUGGCAGUGUUUGAGAGGACUGACUCCAAUUUUGAAAGUUCUGUGGGUAGAAUGCUAUCAAACACCAUCACGUGCUACAGAGAAAUUCUUUUGUUUCCUGUGCUGUGGUGUCCUAUCUAAGAAAACAUUGCCAAAUUCAAUAUUGUGAAGUUUUGGCCUAUGUUUCUUACAAGAGUUUUAUAGUUUUAGGUCUUAAGUCUGAUCCAUUUUGGAUUAGUUUUUGUAUAUGGUGUGAGGUAGGGGUCCAAUUUUAUGCUGCAUGUGGAUGUCCUGUUUUCCCAGUACCAUUUGUUGAAAAAAUUAUCCUUUCCCAGUCUUAGCACCCUUGUCAACAACCAUUUGGCCAUAUAUGCAAGGAUUUAUUUCUGGGCUCCCUAUUCUGUUUCCUUUGUGUAAAUGUCUGUUUUUAUGCCAGUACCACACUGUCUUGGUUACUGUAGCUUUGUAGUCAGUAGCUUUGAAUUCGGAUAGUAUGAGUCCUGCUUUGUUCCUUUUUUCUUCUUCUAAGAUUGUGUUGAGUAUUUGGAGUCCCUUGAGAUUCUAUAUGAAUUUUAGGAUGAAUUUUUCUAUUUCUCCAAAAACAAAAAUCAUCUGGAUUUUGAUAGCAAUUGCAUUGAAUCUAUAGAUCACUUUGGGUAAUGUUAACCUUAAGAAUAAAACUCAGUUAUUUACUAGCAAAACCAUAUUCGGGUUAGUAGAGAAUUGCAAUUCAUGCAAGGUACAGCAAAACCAUAAGCAAGUCCAGAGAACAAAGGAGAAGAAUGCUCUUUUAUAGAGGAAAGGGGGAGCUGGGAGGGCUGUCAUAAACAAACAGUCCAUUGGAGUAAACAGAGUUUGAGGUGUAGUGACUUCUCAUUGGUUGAGUUGUGACAGUCUUUCAUGGGCUGGGCUGUUGCUGGUGGAGGAGAGAACCUUUUUUCCUUCUGCUGGGAUAGUGAAAUACAGUUGACACUUGAACAAUAUGGGGGUUAUGGGUGCCGUCCUCCUGUGCAGUUGAAAAUCCAAGUAUAACUCCUGACUCCCCAGAAAGCCUAACUACUGAUAGCCUACUGUUGACUGAAAGCCUUACCAAUGACAUAAACAGUUGAUUAACACUUACUUUGUGUUGUAUGUAUUAUAUGCUGUAUGCUUUUUCUUUAAAUCUUUAAGGAGGCUCCAUACCUAACAUGGGGCUUGGAUUUACAACCCCAAGAUUGAGAGCUUCAUGCUCUCCUGACUGAGUCAGCGGGUGUCCUUACAUGCUGUAUUCUUCAAGUAAACUAGCAAAAAGAAAAUGUUAAGAAAAUUAAGAACAUUCCUGUCCAGAUGCAAGAUACAUCUUUUCCUGUUGGUUCUGCAGUUGACAAGUGGCAGGGCAUGAGGGCCCUGAUUCCAUUUUAGUGAGGUUUCCCUUAAUACUUUUCACAUUAGUAUUGACAUUUUAACACUAUUAAGUCUUCCAGUGUGUGAACAUGGGGCGUGUUUCCAUUUAUUUCUGUCCUAAUUUCUUUUCUUUAAAAAUUUUUUUUUUGUUAUGUUUAUUUUGGAGAGAGAGACAGAGUGUGAGCAGGGGAGGGGUAGAGAGAGAGGGAGACACAGAAUCUGAAGCAGGCUCCAGGCACUGAGCUGUCAGCACAGAGCCUGACGUGGGGCUCGAACUCACGAACUGUGGGAUCAUGACCUGAACCGAAGUUGGCCACUUAACGGACAGAGCCACUCAGGCGCCCCUGUCCUAAUUUCAGUAAUGUUUUGUAGUUUUCACUGUACAAGUCUUCCACCUCCUUGAGUAAAUGACUUCCUAAGUCUUUUAUUCUUUUUGAUGUUGUUGUAAAUGGGAUUGCUUUGGUAAUUUCUCUUUCAGAUUCUUCAUUGUUAGUGUGUAGAAAUACUCCUGUGUUUUAUUUGUUGACUUUGUCUCCUGGUAUUUGCUGAAUUCAUUUAGUCUAAGUUAUUUUGCAUGUGUGUGUAAUAUUUAGUUUUCUACAUAUAAGAUUAUAUCAUAUGCAAACAUCAUUUUACUUCCUAUUUGGAUGCCUUUUCUUUUUCUUUUUUUCCUACUUGUUCUGGCUAGAAUGUCUAGUACUAUUUUGCAUAGUAGUGGUGAAAGUGGGCACUAUUGACUUGUUCCUGAUCUUAGAGGAAAAGCUUUCAGUCUUUCACUAUUGAGUAUGAUACUUGCUGUGGGUGUUUCAAAUAUGGCUUUUAUUGCGUGGAGGUAGUUUUUGCCUCAGUUGAUAUGAGUAUGUGUCUCCCCCCUUCACUGUUAGUAUAGUCUAUUACAUUGAUCAAUUUUGUUUUCCUUAUUUUCUUAAUGAAAUAUGUUUGUGAACUUAAGCACAGUAGUAUAAUUGUGUAACAAAUCCAGUGAAAAACUGUCUGAUUGGAAAGGUUUAAUAAUAACAUUUUGUUCACUCUAAGGGAUUGAUGUUGACUCAUAGAAAACAAACAUCAAACACGUACAUUGUGCUUCUUGCCACCUAAAAGGCUUAAUUCUCAGGUCAUUAUUAUUAGAUAUUUAUCAACAAUUGUGUAAUUAUCUUGAGGUAUAGUAUAAAUGAGAAUAAAUGAUAGGUAUGUCAAGAACACGAUCAAUUUGCAACAUGUAGAAAAUAGAACUAAAGUGCAAACAGAAAUAAUUCAGAGCCUAUCAAUACAUAACUAAAAUGCUUAAUAAUUGCCCAGUUCGUCCACAUUGGCCUCCGAUCCUUCUACACUGCUGUCCAGAAGAUAGAUAUGCUGCACCUCUUAUUUCAAAAAGCCAUGGGUAACCUUAGUCAUGAGCAUCACCUUUUCACUGUCUUUAAGAAAAUGAUGAAGCUUGCUAAAGUUGCCUUGUAGGGAGUUCACAAAGGAUUUAUAGAAGUACUCUGGGCUAUAAUUCUUUCUCAUUAUUGGGCACCAAUGAGAAGCAAGUGUUAAACACUGAAAAACAGUACAUUUUAAAUCUUGUUCUGCUGCUUCCUAGCUAUGUUAGUUUGGGCAAGUCACUUAAUGUUCUGGUUUUCUCAUCAGUAAAACUAAAAUAACAAUACCUAGCUCAUAGGACAAUUUAUGUAUUUAUUCAUUAGUCAUUAGACAGUUGUUGAAUGCCUACUGUAUGCCAGAUGUUUUGACUGGCCCUGGGAAUGCAGAAAGGAUCAAGAAAGGCAGAUUCCUAUUGUUAUGAAACUUAUAUACUAGUUGAGAAAACAGAUACCAUAGAAAUAAUAGCCUUUGUAGAAAAUACACAAAAUGGGUGUAUAGUACAUUGUUUUAUGUUAUGAGGAGCACAUGAUCUAACAUGUAUAAAGAGCAUAGCAUAAUCUGCACACAGGUGGUACUCAGAAGAUGUGAAUGUCAUCUACCAUUGCCAGUUAGGUGUUUAUUGAGCAUCUUCUGCAUAGGAGUGGAAUGUGUAUGAGCAGGCACUAUGGGUUGUUUUUCCAUUUUUCCCAGUAUUGAUUAUAUUUACAUUCAUUUUACAAGCAUGUGUAUGUGUCAGGGUUGUACAAGGCUCUGGAUCAGUGUUAAUCCAGUAUAAUUAGAGUGAAGAGUGUAGAGAAUAAUACAGGAAGUGGCUGUAAAGUUAAAUUGGAGCAGACUGAGACUGCCUUUACUACCUUAUAAAGGUGUUAAUUAAUUGCAUUCUUUUACACGCUAGGCUAGGGAAAUGCAAAGAUGAUUGAGGUUGAAGCUUGCACUUCAAAUUGUGGAAUCACAUAAAUGUGAUUCACAUUAUGUGCACAUAAAUGAUCACUUUUUUUUCUUCCUUACUAAUUUGGAUGCUUUUUCUCUAUUUUUCUUGCCUGAUUGUUACUGCUAGGACUUCCAGUACUGUGUUGAAUAAAAGUAGUGAGAGUGGGCAUCUUUGUUUUGUUCCUGAUCUCAGAGGAAAAACUCUGUUUUUCACCCAUUGAUAUGAUGUUAGCUGUGGGUUUUUCAUAUAUGGUCUUUACUAUGUUGAGGUGUGUUCUCUUUACACCUGCUUUGUUGAGUUUUUAAUGAAUGGAUGUUGUAUUUUGUCAAAUGCUUUUUCGGCAUCUAUCAAUAUGAUCUUAUGUUUUUUAUCCUUUCUUUUGUUAAUGUGAUGUAUCAUGUUGAUUGAUUUGAGAAUAUUGAACCACCCUUGGAUCCCUGGAGUAAAUCCCAUUUGAUGAUGGUGAAAGAUUUUUUUAAUGUAUUGUUGCAUUCAGUUUGGUAAUAUUUUGUUAAGUUUUGCAUCUAUGUUCAUCAGAGAUACUGGCCUGUAGUUUAAAAAAAAUCUUUUUUUAAUGUUUAUUUAUUUUUGAGACAGAGAGAGACAGAGCAUGAACGGGGGAGGGUCAGAGAGAGGGAGACACAGAAUCCGAAGCAGGCUUCAGGCUCUGAGCUAUCAGCACAGAGCCUGACGUGGGGCUUGAACCCACGGACCGUGAGAUCAUGACCUGAGCCAAGGUCGGAUGCUCAACCCACUGAGCCACCCAGGCGCCCCCUGGCCUCUAGUUGUAUUUUGUAGUGUCUUUAUCUGGUUUUGGUAUCUGGGUAAUGCUGGACUCAUAGAAUGAAUUUGGAAGCUUUCCUUCCUCUUCUAUUUUUUGGAACAGUUUGAGAAGGAUAGGUACUAACUCUUCUUUAAAUGUUUGGUAGAAUUCACCUAUGAAGCCAUCUGAUCCUGGACUUUAGUUUGUUGGGAGUUUUUUGAUUACUGAUUCAAUUUCAUUGCUAGUAAUUGGCCUGUUCAAAUUUUCUAUUUCUUCUUGAUUUAGCUUUGGUAUGUUAUAUAUUCUUAGGAAUAUAUCCAUUCCUUCAAGUUUGUCCAAUUUGUUGGCAUAUAAUUUUUCAGAAUACUUAAUCCUUUGUAUUUCUGUGGUGUCAGUUAUUUCUCCCCUAUCGUUUCUGAUUUUAUUUAAAUUCUCUCUUUUCCUCUCUUUUUGAGGAGUCUGGCUAAAGAUUUAUCAAUUUUGUUGAUCUUUUCAAAGAACCAGCUUCUGGUUUCAUUGAUCUGUUUUAUUGGUUUUAGUCUCUAUUUCAUUUAUUUCUGCCCUAAUCUUUAUUAUUUCUGGAAAGUUGAGAUUUUUUUCCCCCCUGAACUUCAGGGUUCUUUCCCUGUGUUGUCCCCUGAGAGGCUUUUAUUGAUGGGGACAACCUGCCAUCAGACCAGAUAUCUGCUCCCAGUCUGUUAGGGUUGCAGUGUCCCUGAACCACAGGGCUCUCUUUUUGUGCUGCCCUGCAUGAAGUUUUUGUUUGUGGGUAGGGCCAGCAGUCAGAUCAGAUGUCUGCCCCAGCCUACUGUUCAGGGGCUGCAGUUGACCUGGUGUCUGUGGUUAUCUUUCCUUCUCCCAGGGCAGGAGUCACUUUGGAGUAGUGUUGGCCACUGUCAGGGCUGCUUGCUCAAUGAGACAUCAGAUGCCUUGGAGGGACUCUUGCUGAGCGAGGCAGUUAAGAUAGGGUGGAUCCAUAGGAGAAUGUGGGGGCAAGAGCAUGGCCGUAGUGUUAGCAAGCUAGGUAGCAAGUGUUCAUCCUGGCUCCCACAGGUGUCUGGGUAUCUAGGUUGGCAGGGAGGGGAAGAGAAAUGGUGGCCACUAGCUCUUUUCUUCUUGGACAAGUCUCCUAACGAUCCCUGCUGGCCCUUCCAGUGCGUGCUCAGAUUAGUAAAUAAAUCCUUCCCAUAUACCCCAGGCACUUUUCAAACCACUGCUUCUAGGUGGAAUUGUUUGUUAUGCUGUCUCUCUAAGGGCAGGGACUCAGUGUUCUUAGUGAUAAUCCCCACUGAUUGCCCCUUCUGUUUGUGGUUAGUCCUGCAGGUUAGUUUGGUUACCAAAUGGGUUCUGCCCUUCUAUCAUUUUUUUCUGGACAAUUAACUGUGGAGAGUUUGGUUUGUUUCCUGCGUUAAUUACCCUGAUGUAUAAAUAAUCACUUCCUGAAGCAAGUUGUGAAAUGGAUGGAGGAAUGUGUAGUGGGAAAAUACUGAACUCAGAGUUAAGUAUAGAGGAAAUUGAAAGACUUUCUGAGCAGUUAGAAGAAAAAGAGAAGGAGAAGCAGCAGCUGAUGAGCCAGCCGGAGCAUGAGCGAGAGAAGGAAGUUGCCCUGCUGCGGCAGAGCGUGGCAGAGAAGGAACGAGCCCGGGCUGCCAGCGACAUUCUGUGCCGCUCCUUGGCUGAUGAGACCCAUCAGCUGCGGAGGACUCUGGCCGCCACUGCCCACAUGUGCCAGCAUCUGGCCAAGUGUCUGGAUGAACGACAGUGCACACAGGGGGACUCGAGGGAGAAAAGUCCUGAGCCAGAGCGUACAGGCGGGGACACCUGUGUCCGGGAUGUUAUCGAGAAGUUACAGGAAGAAAAUCGACUGUUGAGACAGAAGGUGACCCAUGUAGAAGACCUUAACGCCAAGUGGCAGCGCUACGAUGCCAGCAGGGAUGAGUAUGUGAGGGGGCUCCACGCGCAGCUUCAGGGGCUACAGUUCCCCCGUGAGCCCGAGAGACCCUCCCCUCCUGAGCUGAUGAGGAAGGAGAUCUCCAGGCUCAACAGGCAGCUGGAGGAGAAGAUAAAUGACUGUGCGGAAGUGAAGGAGGAGCUGACGGCUGUGAGGAGGGCCCGCGAUGCGGCACUGGAGCGGGUGCAGAUGCUGGAGCAGCAGAUUCUUGCUUACAAGGAUGAUUUCACCUCGGAAAGGGCCGAUCGAGAGCGUGCUCAGGGGAGGAUUCAAGAGCUGGAGGAGCAGGUGGCCGCCUUGCGGCACCAGGCGUCCCGGAGGCAGGACUGCCGAGAGCGGGGCUCCUGCCGGACGCACACGGGGAGCAAAACCCCCAAGUACUUAGAGACCAGUGUCUUGGAGCUUGUGGCACCCAGUGGCCGGAGGGCCGGGACUGGAUCUCAGGGGCCGGACUUCUCCGCAGAGGGCAGGUGUCCUGGAGCAACGACCCGGAGAGGGCAGGGGGAGCUUCAGUGCCCUCACUGCCUGCAGCACUUCGAUGACGAGCAAGGCGAGGAGCUCUUCAGGCACGUGGCUGAGUGCUGCCAGUGAGGCCCUGAGGCUGGAGCUACCUGUGACCCUGUGGCUUCUGAGGGGGCUCGGCCCUGGGCGGGGGCGAGAUCCCCUGAGACCCAGGACCCAGCACAGAUUGAGGGGGUUUCUGAUCCUUCACCUUGGUCAUCCUUGGGUGGUGGAACAGACCAAGUUGGAGGGAACUUCUCGUGGGGCGUCUGCCUCUGGGAGGGCCUGGCUUGGCUUCUGGUAUGGAGUGCGCCCCUCCCUGCCCCCCGCCGGCCGGCUGUCGGGUCAAGACCAGGAGCAGGGGGCGCACGAACGCUCACAGGCAACACGACAGCCCCAGCCAGCCUGCGCCUGGGCCGCUGCAGCUCGCUGGGAAGAGGUGGCUGCCUGCAGGGACCACGUGUGUGGGCCCCCGGUUCUGUUGAGUCGGGACCAGGUUUGUAGACUGAGCCCUGUGGCAACACAUUGCACACGAGGACUAUUCGCGGCCACCGCAGAGACACGUGUCCUCACUGAAAUGCACUGCAAUAGCAUUUGCCACCUAUCUCAAAGUCAAAAGACAUUUUACAUUUACUUAUUUUUAUAAUAAAUACACUUGCUAUGGUGA